AAAAUGGCCACCCCUAUCCGUGGCAAGGAACAGAUGAUUCCGUCAUAAUUUAGAGUGAGCUGCAUGAACACACAUGUACACAGCCAUGGCGGGGCGUGCAGGAGAGACAGUGGUAACAAAGCGACUGGUGGAAAACUUGCAGACGGACCUGCGCGGGCUGUCCAAUGAAAGCAAGAGAAAAUUCCCUCCUGUCAAAGAGGCAGCAGAGGCGGGCAUACUCAAGAUACGCACCAUAGCUGCCAGGAAUAAAAACGUUCUACCCGCCCUAGUAGCCUGCAGCGGGGAGAUCCUGCAGCCAUUCCUGCUGGGAUGCGACACCAAGAACCUGAAGAUUGUCCAGCUGUGUCUUGGGUCGGUCCAGCGACUCAUCACCCAUGAAGCACUCUCUGCCGCGGCUGCCAGCAACGUCAUCAACAUGCUGUGGAAUCUGAUGGAAGGCGGCAUUGAGGACCUUAAAGUGCUCCAGACGGCAGUCGUCAUUCUCACCACCAACACCAUAGUCAGGGGACCGGCACUGGCACGGGCCAUUGUAGUCUGCUUCCGGCUGCAUUUUUCUAAGGACAACACCACAAGUAACACAGCAUCUGCCAUCGUACAGCAAGUCGUCUCCAUCGUCAUGGAGAGGGUACUAGCCGAGGAUGAAGCUAACGCAGAUGGAGCGGAGUCCGACGGGGACCUUGAGCGCCUGAAAUCCAGUAACUCCAGCAACAAGGCAGCGCCCAAGUCUCUGAGACCGUGCGCCACCGACGCAUAUCUCCUCUUCCAGGACCUGUGUUACCUGUUGAAUGGAGAUUCCUCGUACUGGCUGGCCGGCGUGACAGAGAUGACGAGGACAUUUGGUCUGGAGCUCAUCGAGACGGUCCUCAAUAGCUUUCCUCAGAUCUUCUUGAGACACAAAGAGUUCAGCUUCCUCCUCAAGGAGCGGGUCUGCCCGCUGGUCAUCAAGCUUUUUUCCCCCAGCAUCAAACAUCGGCAGGGCAUCACGGCGCCCUCUCCACCCGCCACCCCGGAGAAGCCCUCCUUCCCCAUCAGCAUGCGGCUGCUCAGGGUGGUGUCGGUCCUCAUCAACAAGUACUACACGUUACUGGUCACAGAAUGCGAGAUCUUUCUGUCGCUUCUCGUCAAGUUCAUGGAGAGCGACAAGUGCAUGUGGCAACGGGUCCUGGCCCUGGAGGUCAUGUACAAACUCUGCUCCCAGCCCAAGCUGCUCAGGUGUUUCUGUCAGUGCUACGACAUGAAACUUCACUCCACCAAGGUCUUUGCCAAUAUCGUCAAUGCCCUGGGCUCGUUCAUCCAGUCCUUAUUUGUGAACCCGGUGGUGGAGAGACAGUCCAGCAUUGCAAGCGACAAGCAGAGCAAGGAAAUGGGCAGCAACUCAUCCAUGCAAUCAGGCGGCAUGGUCAGCAGCAGCGGCAUCACGCCGCACGCGGCAUUUGCCUACAAGGGAGUCUGGAUGCCGCUCCUCCCCGUCUCCAACUCAAAGCCAAUCUUUCUGGACAUGUUGGACAAGUCGGAAGCGCCCUCCAUUCCUGAGGGCUACUCCAUCUCGGCGGCCUUCGCCAGCCUGCUGGAUGUGGUCAAGGGCGUGACCACCAUCGUGACGCAGGAGAUGGAGGCGGAGGAGCGGCGGCUGCGCAACCAGGCUCGGGACCGCGCCCCGCACGUCGUCAACGACAAGGCCAAGGAUGCGAGGGAGGACAAGGAGGAGGAGGAGGGAGAGGGCCUGCUGCUGAAGAUGGACGAAGGUCUGAGGAGGCUUUGGGAGGAGAUCGUCAACUCCUCCUGGUGCGGAGUCCUGGCAGCUCUCACUCUGCUCCUCGAUGCUUGCCUGGAGGAGUCAGCUACGGAGUCCAUCCUCAAAUCCCAGGAGCUCUACGCCAGCCUGUGCGGCAAGCUGGGCCUGACUGUACCCAGGGAUGCCUUUGUGACGUCGCUGUGCAAGGCGUCCUUGCCCCCUCACUAUGCUCUGACAGUACUGAACAUUGCUGCACCGCAGACAACGUCCAGUGCACAAAGAGGGCACGUGCGUUCACACAGCCGAGACAGCCUCCUUCAGAGCAACCAGGGCCCCGAGGGGGGAAGCAGCGAGUCAGGGGAUGGGAGGAACCAGGUGGUGGCUGUGGGGACCCCUUUGGCUACCGUGGUGGGCACGCAGCAGGGACCAGUCAUGCUGACAGCCAAGAACAUCCAGUGCAUGCGAGCCAUCCUGAGCCUGGCCCACUGCCACGGCUCGGUGCUGGGCACGGCCUGGCACCUGGUGCUGACCACCCUGCAGCACCUGGUCUGGAUCCUGGGCCUCAAGCCAGCGGCCGGUGGCAGCCUGAAGGUGGCGGCGGGUGGGGCCGGCGAGACCGCACCCAACACGGUCAUCACCACGGCCGUCAUGGCUGAGCUGCCUGUGCUAUCGGCCAUGCUGUCCCGACUCUUUGAGAGCUCCCAGUACCUGGAUGAUGUGGCUUUGCAUCACCUCAUCGAUGCGCUGUGUAAGCUGUCCACGGAGGCCAUGGACAUGGCUUACUCAAAUAGGGAGCCGUCCCUCUUUGCCGUGGCCAAACUCCUGGAGACGGGCCUGGUCAACAUGUCGCGCAUGGAGGUCCUGUGGCGGCCCGUCACCGCCCACCUGCUGGAGGUGUGCGCCCACCCCCACCAGCGGAUGAGGGGUUGGGGGGCCGAGGCCGUGACAACGCUGGUCAAGGCUGCCCUGGCCCACAAGCACGAAACGCCCAUCCAUCAGAACCUGCGACUGCAGACCAUGCUGCUGGGACCCCUCCAGGAGCUGUCCUCCAUCCCCCACGCCGACAUCCGGCAGAAGCAGCUGGAGUGCGUCCACCAGCUCCUGUCCAGCAACGGGGAGACGCUGGUCCACGGCUGGCCCCUCAUGCUGGGGGUCAUCGGUGCCGUCACCGAGGACCAAGGGGAGAGCUUGAUCCGGACUGCCUUCCAGAGCUUGCAGCUGGUGGUGACAGACUUCCUUCCCAUCAUGCCUUGCUACUGCCUCCAGAUCAGCGUCACCACGGCCGCCAAGUUUGGCUUGCAGAGGGAGGAGUUGAACAUCAGCCUGACUGCCGUCGGGUUGCUGUGGAACAUCUCAGAUUACUUGUACCAGAACCGCGACAAGAUCCGGGAGGGCCUGGAGAAGGAGUCCCAAGACAUCGAGGCCCAACCUGAGGGCUGCGAGCAGCCCGUGCCGCCCUUCGACGCUGUAUGGCUGAUGCUGUACUCGCGGCUGGCCGACCUGUGUGUGGACCCGCGGCCGGCUGUGCGCAAGAGCGCUGGCCAGACGCUGUUCUCCACCAUCAGUGCCCACGGGGCCCUGCUGAAGCUGUCCACCUGGCAGAUUGUGCUGUGGCAGGUAUUGUUCCCCCUGCUCGACAAGGUCAAGAAGCUCUCGGGCACGGCAGCCCAGGAGAAAGUGGAGGAUGCAGUCAGCGGCAACAUCCUCAUCCACCACUCCCGAGACACGGCCGAGAAGCAGUGGGCAGAGACCAAGGUGCUGAGCCUGGCGGGCGUGGCCAGGGUCUUCAACACUUGGAGGCACGCCUUGCUGGCGCUAGGUGACUUUCCCCGAGCCUGGGCAUUACUCCUAGAGCACAUUGAGGCGUCGUCGCUGAGCCAGAGCAGCGAGGUGUCACUGGCAGCCCUCAAGAGCUUCCAAGAGAUCCUCCAGAUCCAGCCGGACAAGACGCCAAGGAUCCGCCCGAUGCAGCCCGCCCAGCUUGCCAAUGCCAUGGAGAAUGACCUGCAGGUCCCCGGGGAGGAGAACAUCAGCCGGAUGAACAACGGCACCCCAAGCAGGACCGAAGCCAGCAGCAGCAACAACAGCAAGCAGGGAGAGAGGGAGGCCCCGGCGGCCGCGGCCCAGCCCUGCCCGACCGACGCCCUGGUGGACGAUGCAGCCAUGUGGGCCACGGCUUGGCGGGUGUGGCACAGCAUCGGCAUUGCCAGCACCACCCCGCCCAGCUCCCGCACCGCCAGCUCACUCCCGACCCAGCCCUUCCUGACGGCGCUCGUCCAGAUAUUCCCGCCGCUCUUUGAGCACAUUAGGCCGCGGUUCGUGGCGGCUGACCUGCAGAAGCUGUGUACGGUGCUACAGUGCGCUGUGUCGGUGCCGGUACAAGCGGACGUGUCGGUCUUCAUCAUACCGUCGUUGUCAGACACCGAUCUGACACCCUUACAAGAAGCUGUGCUUCACUGUCUGUAUGUUGUCCAGCAGGCCAUUGGGGAAGGGUCAGAGGCCAUGCAGACCAUGUACCCAGCCAUCUUUGACCAGCUGCUGACCUUUGUGACGUACUCAUGCCAGGCACCCUCGUUUGGCCAGAUCGAGACCAAGGUGGUCACCAAAGCCUCUUCCAAACAGUUCGAUCGGGCAAUCUUUGAGUGGAAGGAGAAAUGGGAUAAUUAUAGAGGCACUGGUCAGUCGGACUGGGUUUCCAUGAACUAUGUACCGUUUGCCGAGAAGGCACUGGAGAUGACCACUGCACUGUACAAAAACACUGCCAGCCACACGGAGGUUGUGCGCAUGCACGUACUGCAGAACAUCCUCAAGGUGCUUCAGCUCCCCCUGGGCCUGAAGAACGCCUGUCCCUCCUCCUCCACCUGGAAGCUAGCCAUCAGCUCCCUGCUGGAGAUCCUCCCCGUGGGCCUGCCGGUUGCUCGGCAACCCGCAUCGGCGGGGCACUUCACCGAGAUGUGGCCGGAUCUGGCAGCUGCCUUGGAGCUCUUCCUGUUCUCAGACCACCCUCCUCCAAUAUCACUCUCUGUGGAGGAACAGCAGCGGGUGGAGGCCAUCGAUGUGCAGGUGGUCCAGAUGGUGCGUCAGAUAAUCUUGCCCUACUGCGCCAACACGCCGGAGUCCUUCACGGCCAGGGUCAUGACGCUGCUCAACAGGGGGUCGAUACACUCAGCCAACACAGCGAGUUUCCUUGACGUGGACAACCGACAGCUGCGGGAGGAGUUUGCCAAGGCCUGCUUCGAGACCCUGCUACAGUUCUCCUUCUUCGCCAAUGACCUAGGCAAGAUGACGGCGGACGAGGGGGGGCUGACCAAAAUGGCGCUGUCGGCCCUGCUGCAGCGCUGCCAGGAGGUGCUGCAGAAGUACGUGGAAGACGAGCGGCUCAGUGGCAAGUGCCCGCUUCCAAGAUCCAGGAUGGCGGAGAUGUCCUUUGUCUUGCAAGCCAUCACCACCCUGAUACAUUCCCUCAAGAAAGCAAACAGCAGCAACGUGGACCAAUCCACAUGGGCCCAGGUGAUUGACCUCUACCCCUAUCUGGUGGACUGUACCACUUGUACCUCAUCACAGGUGUGCAAUGCACUCAAGGAAGCCCUCAGCCAGUACCAAGACCUCCUGGUUGCCCCUAGCAACAGGCUUGUCAACGGCACGUGAGAAUGUUUAGUUCUCUCCAAAACAAAAGAACAAACCAACAAAUCAGAAAGUGGAAUAGAUAUUUGUAAAUAUUUAUCUAUUUUUAAGAGAUUUGGCUUGAAUUAGAUUAACAAGCCUGAUGUUAUUGAGCCAGAUUGUACCGAGAUUUCCUCCUGAUUGUCCAUGUGAACAACCUCAAUCGACUUUGAGGAAUCAUCUUAAAUGGAAGGAUUCGGAACGCACUGUCAGGGUUGAUUUAUGGGUAAAAAUUAAUGUCAACGGUAUAUGUUAGCGGUAAUUCGGAAGAGGAAUUUCCCCUUUAUUUUGCAACUCUGUAAAAAAAACCGGUCCCCAAAAGCAAGUUAAGGGGAACCAAAUAAGUGUUCCUCACCCCUCCUCCUGGAUAACCCCGCCCCUAGGAGGGAUCAAUCGAGGGAGUGUUACACUCCAUUAAUUUUCCUAACGCCCUCAAAAACUUGUGUAUGAAGCCUCCAGAGACUCAAGUGGCCAGGAAAAACUUACUGACUGCGCGCAGCAAGCUCACAAGAACAUGUUGUGUGAGGGACACAGUGUAAGCGUGCACUGGUUUGCAUGCGGUCAGAGCUGAAUGCACAAAGUUCUCAUCCGAGAGUGUGUACAUACUGCCGUAGUAGUUGUUGGAAUACCACGCGUUGAAACAGAGACGGUUUGGAGACCCCAAACCCCGAUCCUGAUUUUCCUAACGAGAGAUUGCCCCCCCCCUCAAUGCAGGAAUGGCCCGAGCACAAACACCUGUACGUUUCUUCUGUCACGUGUCACGCAAUAGUUAUUGUGAGGACCAACAAUAUUGUGGGGAUGCGCGAAGCCCUCACAAGAGAGUCGGAAUUUUUCCUUACAGUAAAAACCUGCCCCAUGUAUCGCAGUUCCCUGUCAUGACGGCAUUAGACAGGAACACUGCUGAGCGCAGCAACAUGAUGGUAGUGGCACUCAUUGAGCAUGUUCAGUAUUCCAACAGCACAUGCACAAAGUGAAACGUGCCGUAGGUCAUUCAAGAACAUCAAUAGGCGCGCCCGUAUCCUCUUGCAUGUGAAAUUUGAAAGCUUUUUCUUAAAGCCGAAGUCUUGGGCUCCAGGGCACAUGGUCUUUCCAGGUGCCUGUGCUAUUAUGUAAAGAUCACAGAAACAAAUGUCCAGAAAAUGGAUAACUGGUAAAAGAAAGCAUCCCAUUGCAGUUGAGUCUUCAGCUUUUGCGGAGUUGAGGAAAUUGGACGUUUUAUAUUUGAAGUCAGUGGAAUGCGUUUUAUUAUUAUUGCGUAACUCUGAAUUUCCUUUGUUAUCAGAUGUAAAUAGACAACACUUCUACCUUUGAAAAAAAAAAUUUGAGUUUUGAUUGCCACAGGUUUUGUCCCUACCCAGAUGGUAAUGGCAUUAUUCUUAUUCUUUCUUGUUUGAUAUUUGGAGCUUUAAAAAGAACCCCAGUCACUGGGUGGCCCUUUGUUGUGCAAUGUGCGGUGUAACGUGACAGUGGCAUGACUAACCGUCUACAGUGUAUAUAGUCAAAUGGUGCAGCCUAGCAACAGCCUUGAUUUGUGUGACCUUGAUUGUUACGCCAAACGGUUCCCAGCUCUAGCACUCCCACAUGCCUGAAAGCCGGAGGGAAAAUGUCAAGUUUGUGAUUUUUGACUUUUGAUACUCGUUUUGAAAGGAAAGGGACGAGAAAUAAAUGCUUUCCAGCACAGCAUGAAAUCUGACUCACAUGAACGUCCGUGAACUUGAUGAAAGUCAGCUCCUUUGUCCGUAAAAUGCGAACCUUGCUGUCUGCUUUAAAAACAGAAACUCGCACUAACACUUGUAUUGUGAGCAAAAAGAUGGCAUCAAAAUUACUGCUGAACUUCUUGAUUUUCACCUCUGGACCAAUUUUCUGACCAAUAACACAGUUCAACAUCUAACCACCGCAUCACUCAAAUGAAAAUGGCUACUUGUCCCCUUUGUUUCCAAAAUGGUAGUUAUACAUGCAGUUUGGAAGAUUUUGUAAAUGUUCCACCCUGUAGCCAUAUCCACCUUUUCGUGGAAUUGUCUACAAAACAAGGAAACACCCACACCGUCUAUAACAUGGCUGUCUGUUUAACACAGAGCAGUGUCAGCUGUCAGAACUGUCGGUGAUUGUCAGAACCACUCAGCACGGUAGAAUCCUACUUGGCAAAAAAGGUCACCAGUUGAAAUGGCUCAUAAGUUGUAGUGAUUCCUCCUGGCCCCUGGUGAACAGUGAGUAAGGCCUAGGGUUCUGUUAUUGUUGGGCCCAACUCAAACACACAGUGGCUACUCUGCCUUACUAAAAAUCCAUUGCUUGAAAGUGGCUCGAAGAAAAAAUACCAUAAUCAUCAUAUUACUUUUCAGUUGGUCACUGCUCAAAUAUCUCAUGCCUUGAGGUUCUGUUUUUGGUUUCCGCGUUUCUCCUCAAGUACCAACAGUUAAAAUUAAAAUGUCUGUUAACCAAAUCAUGUGAUUCGCCAUCAUGGAUUUUAAAUGCAUGGCAUUCAGGGUUUUGGGAGGCUCUUUAGCAUCUGGAAAUUGUUACACAAAAGGACUCUGAACACAACUACCUAUGUUAUAUUUUUUUCCGGAAGGGAGGAGGUUGAAGGACUUGGUUCUUUUGUUGGAUGGUGUUUUUUUUGUCCAUGAGUCAAUCUGAAACACGCAGCAGGUGCGAUCGGGAGGGGGGGUGUGCUGGAGGACUUUACCAGGCCCCUUUUGGCAAACGUCCCUGUUCUGCUUGAAGCAGGAAAUUACAUUAGGAAAUAACGGGACAGUCCCACAAGGAAGUAGUAAUAUGUCCACAAUGUGUUGUCCAUUUCCUUCUGUUGUCGUGUGGCAAUCCACAGCAGUCAUUUGGGUGUGCUGAAAUUCAAUUUCCUCACGAGAAAAACAUUCAGGAAAAAAAAAGCCGCUUCCUUUUGUGGUCCAAAUUUCAAAUUCCACGGUGAAAAUGGUAGGGCAAGACUUUAUUGGAUCAAAAUCUUUGCCCCCCCAAAAAAAAGAUUAUACAAUGUUCAGGGUUUUGGGUUUUUUUACCAGAUUUUCUGCAGCCCUGAAGUUUGUUCCAAGGUCUUUUAUCCCAACUGUGACAUACCUACUGUACUAGCCAAUCUUCCAAACAUUGUACAGCCACCCUCAUGGAAUCUUUAAAGUCAUUUUGUAUAAUCUGAAGAAAUGGCAAGAGAGACAUAGCUGUAACGGUAAAAACUGAAUGGGUCUUGCCCUCCAAAGCAAGUUGUGGGUAUUCAUCCUCUAGGUUGUGAUGUUGAAAAGGUUUCAAAAUUAAUCACCAAUUCCACUUUAAUCUGUUAAAAAAACAUCUGCUGAGCCCCCGUCCCCAUUUAGGAAAGAUAUAGGGGUGUAAAUGGCAGAAGCAUUACUGAUUAAUAGUCCCAACAGUCCUAAAUCCUCCGAUUUUAACAUGAUUUUUACAUACACCCUAGGGGGUUGGGGUUGAUCUUUAUUUUGGCAUUAAAAAGUUGCGCCUUCCCUCCUUCGCCUAACAAAAUAGAUCAUUAAUGUGAAAAUCCUGCUUCAUCUGUAAUUUGUUCAUCCUGUAAAAUGGAAGGUGUGUAGUUACUCAUGUACAUGUAUAUUGUAAAUUUGUGCACCAAAUCUGAAUCUCAGAUCAGUUGUGAUCAGUUUCUUUUUCUCACCUUUUGUAAAUCAGUUUACGUGAUUUGUAAAUUUUUUUGUACAGUUUUGCCAGUUUUUGAGGAAGUCUUAUUCUCUGAAGGACUGUACUCUAAGCAAAUAGAAUUCUUUCUUUGUUAAAUUUCUAUACACUUGUAGUUCGGAGAAUUAUUUAUUUACACAUUAAUCAGAAUAUUUAAAAGGAAAAAACUGGUGAGCUUGUUCUUGGGAUGUAGCAGGUUGAUCAAUACCCAGAUUUUGGGGUAAUGUGCUUUGGGAUGUCAGAAAUAGUGUACAGAACAGAAAUGUAUAUGAACACUACAUUUAUGAAUAAAUUAUUUACUCAUACAAAAA